AGGCUGAGGAGUCCUCCCAAGUGCCACCUCCCAGGGUUAUUUGCAGAAUCUCUGUCUCUACUUGAGCCAUUUCUCCCGCCUCCAUACAUACCUGUUUUCGAAGGCUCUGAAGGCUCUAGGAACCUGGUGCCUCUUCCAAGAUGUUUUCCUACUCCUUGUUUUCUGUCGAUGCUGCUUUUCUGCUGCUGCUGUUGCUGCUGCUGCUCCAGCACUCUCUACCACCACCACCACCUUCAGCUGCUCUCCGGCUAGGCUCCUAGAUCUCUACGCUGGCUCUCUGCUGUCACCAUGGCCCAGCCUUGGAAGAAGAGAAUGAAGACAAAUGCAGCUUCCCUGCCUGGCUUCCUCUGGCCCAGGGUCUUAUUAUCCACGAGGUGACCAGAGUGGAUGUUUUUAAUCCUGCAGCCGCAGGAGUAACCUAAGUGAGCCCGUGACUGCGAAUCCACGGACAUAUCCGGGGACAAGUGAUGAGAAUCUCCGAAGACUCCUUCUGCACCGUCCUAGCUUCCUUUUCUUCUUCCUCUUCUGGAUUUGUUUAUAUAGCAUCCUAACUGGGAGGGAUUUCCCAUCCCCCUUCCCUUUUCUCAUUUCACCUCCGCCUCCCACCCACCCCCCCUUCCCCCACCAGGGCUUAGAGCUUUUGCACGUGUUAGACACCCUCUGACAUCUCAGCUGAAAAGAGGCAUCAGGGAGAGAGGGAAAGAGGAGGUUGGGGAGAAGAGGGCAACAUAUCUUCCUUUCUCUCUAGCAUCUUCCAAGUCUUCCUUCCACGUUAGAAGAGUUCCUUUUUACCCUUUCUGCAUUUUAAAGGGGGAGGAGAGAGUCAGAGUUUCGGGGGACAAGGGAAGAGGUGAGGUGUAAUGAAAGGUCCUUGCCGCUGCUGCUCCAGCUGCUGCUGCUCCUGCUGCUGCUGCUACCGCGCUCAGUAUGUUUCUCUAUGUUUGAUAGUUUCCAGAGAAGCAUGGUAACAUGAAUAGUCACUGAGGGUGAAAGCCAAGCUGGAGAAAGGGAGGACGAGAUUGAUCUGCGCAGCCUUUACUUUGGGAACAAUAACAUUGGGAGGAGGAGGAAGAGGAGGAGGAGGAGGUGGACUUGGAGAGGAGGGUAAGUCGCCCCAUUGAUUCGCUGGCUGGAUUCCGCGAUGACAUCUGUAGCCUCCCUUCCACUUUCUCUCACGAUUUCCUGGUGCCGCUGAGAGCAAGUAUCGGGGCGCCCAGUAGGCGGAGAGGGAGAGAAGGAGGCAGUCCUGUGAGUUGACACUGCCAGGGAAUCCAGGAGUUCACAGACUUCCUCCCCAGACUGGCUUUCGGCUUCCUAUCACCAGAUCCCUUUCAAAUGCCUGGGCUUCAGUCAGCAGUCCCAGAUUCAGGCAGACCCUGCUAAGAGGGGCGGGAGGAGGGUAGGAGGGGAGUCUGAGUGGAUCUCAGGUCAGUCAUUCCCUCUGCUGCUCAAGAAGAGAGAAGAUGGGCAACUCAUCUUCUAGUUGGAGAAGCUUUCGUGCAUGCCCCUCCUUACUAAACUAAUCUGGGCAGUAAGCUUUGGGAUAGCACUGCUUGUCCAGCACAUCUCCCUCACACCCCCUUUACCCACCCUACUCUAAGACAAAAACAGAAACUCCCUUCUUUCCAGGAAAGUAUUUUGGCGAGCAAUUGAUUUCUCCAUAAUUUCUGAUUAGCCUACCAACUGAUCAUAUUUACUCCAUCGUUUUGUAUUAAUGGAGAUCGAUACACUUCAAUGAUUUCCUCAGUAAAGUCAUUCAUUUCUGAGCCAAUAGAUAAUUCACUCGUCAUAGUUUUUUGUUUUUGUUUUUUUGUUGUUUGGGUUUUUUUGUUGUUGUUGUUUUUUUCUCCUGAGGGGGGGAAAAGUGACUGUGCGUUUGUUCUGCAGAUUGCCAGCUCCCUCUGAGGGGUGUGUAUUGGUGCUGAGCCUGCAACAAAAGUUUCUAGCCACUCGUCUCAGUCUUGGGGGUUAAUCGCAGAGGAGAAGAAAGGACAUUGGCUUGGCUCACCGGGAACCGCCAGGGAUCCUGCACUUUCCUCCAGCCUUCCAUACUGGCGUUUUUGUCAUUUGCCAUGAAGAGGAAACAGAAACGAUUUCUGCAAAUGACUUUAUUGUUUAUGGUUGCUUUAAUUUUCCUGCCCAAUAUUGGUCUCUGGUCUCUGUAUAAGGAUAAGCAUCUGAUGAAAUCCACGGAACCUGGAGAGCAGCAGACAUUUCCACUGGGCCUAGGAGAUGGGCAGCUCUAUACCUGGACAGAUGGUUUGAAAAGAAAGGAUUGGCAUGAUUAUGGAAGCAUUCACAAGGAUGCUCUGCGUUCAGGCAAAGGUGAACAUGGGAAACCUUAUCCUCUCACUGAAGAAGACCGUGAUGAUUCAGCUUACAGGGAGAAUGGAUUCAAUAUUUUUGUGAGCAACAACAUUGCUUUGGAGAGGUCACUGCCAGAUAUUCGCCAUGCCAACUGUAAACACAAGAUGUACCUGGAGAAGCUGCCAAACACUAGCAUCAUUAUUCCUUUUCAUAAUGAAGGUUGGACUUCUCUUCUGCGCACUAUACACAGUAUAAUUAACAGGACUCCAGACAGUCUGAUUGCUGAAAUCAUUCUAGUGGACGACUUCAGUGAUAGAGAGCACCUGAAAGAUAAAUUAGAAGAAUACAUGGCCCGGUUUUCCAAAGUUAGAAUUGUUCGAACCAAGAAACGAGAAGGACUCAUCCGAACCCGACUCUUGGGUGCAUCUAUGGCAAAAGGAGAAGUCUUAACCUUCCUGGAUUCUCACUGUGAGGUCAAUGUGAACUGGCUGCCUCCUUUGCUCAACCAAAUUGCCCUAAAUCGCAAAACCAUUGUGUGCCCCAUGAUCGAUGUCAUUGACCACAAUCACUUUGGGUAUGAAGCCCAGGCAGGGGAUGCCAUGAGAGGAGCCUUCGACUGGGAAAUGUACUACAAAAGAAUCCCCAUCCCUCCGGAGCUCCAGAGGGCAGAUCCCAGCGACCCUUUUGAGUCUCCUGUGAUGGCUGGAGGGCUCUUUGCUGUUGACCGAAGGUGGUUUUGGGAAUUGGGUGGCUAUGAUCCAGGCUUAGAAAUCUGGGGAGGAGAACAGUAUGAAAUAUCUUUCAAGGUUUGGAUGUGUGGAGGAGGAAUGUUUGACGUUCCAUGUUCUAGAGUUGGUCAUAUCUACAGGAAGUACGUCCCUUAUAAAGUUCCAUCUGGGACCAGCUUGGCAAGAAACCUAAAGCGAGUGGCAGAGACCUGGAUGGAUGAAUUUGCCGAGUACAUUUACCAGCGGCGACCUGAGUACAGACACCUUUCCACUGGCGACAUCUCUGCCCAGAAGGAACUCCGGAAGCAUCUCAAGUGCAAGGACUUCAAGUGGUUCAUGGCAGCUGUCGCCUGGGAUGUCCCCAAGUACUACCCCCCAGUGGAGCCCCCACCAGCUGCCUGGGGGGAGAUUCGAAAUGUAGCUGCCAACCUCUGUGUAGACAGCAAACAUGGUGCCACGGGGACUGAACUGAGGCUGGACAUCUGUGUAAAGGACGGCUCUGAAAGGACAUGGUCCCACGAACAGCUCUUCACCUUUGGCUGGCGGGAAGAUGUGCGACCUGGAGAACCGCUCCACACCCGAAAGUUUUGUUUUGAUGCCAUUUCCCACAGUAGCCCUGUCACCCUCUACGACUGUCAUGGCAUGAAGGGGAACCAGCACUGGGGCUAUCGGAAGGACAAAACUUUAUUCCAUCCAGUGAGCAACAGCUGCAUUGAUUGCAACCCAUCAGAGAAGAAGAUUUUCAUGAACAGAUGUGACCCUCUCUCGGAGACUCAGCAGUGGAUUUUUGAACACAUUAACAUGACUAUUUUAGAAAAAGUGAACAGCAACUUCAGCUCCUAGAAAGAAAGGAGGACGAAGGGGACAAUGAUAUGCAGAUUGCAAAUGAAAUUUCGGCCAGUGGCAUCUGGGUCGAAGGAGUCAGGAAUUAAAUUUCCUAGAUCCAGGAAGCCUGGUUAAAGGAUUAAGGAGAUGCCAUGGCAGAGCCCAGUAAGCUGCCACCAUGGACUUCCUGCAUCUGAACGACUUGGCUGAGAACCUCACCAGCUGCUUCGGAGAACUACAGACUGGCAUUUCCCUUGCUGGUCAAGGGCAAACUUUAUUUAAGGACUUUUCAAAACAACUUCUGAGUUAAUAAAGUGAAACAAAAUCCUAGCAUUUCUCAGGUCAAAUCCUGCAGUAGUGAGUAGCUAUGAAUGGAUGCUAUUAAUUGGGGGAGGGAUAGGGGAGGUAGGGGGGAAAAAAAUGAGUGCAUGACUGCUAUGGAAAACCGGAAGCUAUCACAGGUUUAGAACUAGCCCCACUUCAGGGAUCAUAGGCUAUCCCCACGAGUGGACAAACUAUACUUUUGGUGCCAUUCUCUUAAUAAAAAAUGGGUUAAACAGGUUUAACCCUUAGACUGCUGCAGCUGACUUUAGAGUACUCUUAUCUCUGUCACUAAAAUGGCAAGGGGGGGGGGCAGGGUUCAAGGACUUAGAAUUUGGACUUUUUUCAUGGCCGGGCUUCCAGGAGUUGUCAUUCCAUUGGUGUGCAUACUCCAACUACCCAACACAGCUCAACACUUCCAUGUAACUGAAUGGAAGGUGAAAAGUAGAGUAGCUAUGGCCAAAAAAUUGGUCACCCUCAAGCCAACUUGACGAUAAGCCUCUUCCAAGCUUAGCUGGACUGACAGUCCACAUCGUAUUCAUUGUUGAAGUAAUGAAAUUCAUUUUAGAGUAUCCUGGGAUCUUCGAUCUAAAGUCAGAAGGAACCUCCAAAGUCAUCUAGACUGACUCCUUCAUUUUAGUUUUACUUUUUGAAACUGGAUGUCUCACCCUGACUCAAAGUGCAUGGGUCCAAUCCCAAUAAUGCUUGGUAGGGAAGCUUUUAUUUUUGUAGCCUGGCAACCUCCACUCCCACGCGCCCGCCAUAUUGGUGCCAGAUUCAAUGUGGACAUCUGACUGGCUUUAGGUCUUCUACUGCUAAGAACUCCCAAACUCCUCAGUAUUAAGAACUGGAGGUACGUGAUAACAUACCCAGCCCAUUUAUUUUACAAUUGCAGAAAUGAGAUCCAUUUUCUUAACUUUUUUUUUUACCUUUAGAGCAGUGGAAUCUGUUGUGAAGUUGUAUACCACUUAAAUCAGCUAACUUUCAAAUUCACCAUCUAGUACAAGGCCAGUGAUAAAACAACACCAACUUACUCCAGAGAGAAAUAUGUCACAGGAGAUGUAAAACAAUAUGGCACUUUGGAGAGGGAUUUCCUCAGGAAGUCUAUAUUUACCUCUCCAUUCUCUUUAGAGACUUGAAUCGUUUGAUUCUUAUUCAAUCAUAACGUUUACUAAGGCAGGAAAUGGAGUAAGGCUGAUAUGGUAUAAUUUCUUUCUUAUCCAUGAGGAGAUACUUUAACCAGAAUAAGGGCUGGCUCUCCGUCAUUAACUGAAAUGACGGGUUCCCAGCAGUUCGGUUUGCACAAUACUAGGAGCUUACAAGAAGGCUUGUUUUAUUUGUAUUUGUUACAUUUGGAACCACGUAGUGGAAAUUUCUAUUAAUACCAGAGUUCUGACACUACCUUCUGCUAUUGGCAUAGUAUUUCAAGGGAGAGGUCAUUUUUGUUGGCACUAGGGAAAAACAAACAUUAAAGUACCUUUUCAUGUGACAGAAUUG